CAAUGCACGAAUACAAUUUAAUUCUUCCCACGGACCACGGCGCCCUUUCACACACUACUUCCCACUUUAUCCCCUUCAACCCCUUCAACCCUCCCUCCUCUCUCUACACAUCUCACCUCUCUCCACUCUUCUCUCUCUCUCUCUCAUGUUCACGGCAGACCCACCGGCAUCAGCCACCGGUGUCGGCGUCGGCUACGGCAUAGCCAUUGCCGUCAGCAUCCUCUUCCUCAUCUCAGCCAUCAUGCUCGCUUCCUACGCCUGCGUCAAAGUCAAAGGAGCCUCCGCCACCACCAGACCCCACGAAGACCGCAGCGUCGCUUAUAAUAACGUCUACGGACACCGCAGCCGCAGCGAGGCCGUAAACUCAAAUGACCCCGUCGUUGUCGUAAUGGGCCUCGACGGGCCCACCAUAGACUCUUACCCGAAGCUGGUGCUCGGCGAAAGCCGGCGCCUCCCCCAGCGCAACUACACCGUUUGCUCCAUCUGCUUGUCCGAGUACAAGCCCAGGGAUCAAGUGAGGUGCAUCCCGGAUUGCCACCAUUGCUUUCACGCUGAGUGUGUUGACGAGUGGCUUCGUAUGAGCGCCACGUGUCCCAUCUGUAGAAAUUCUCCGGCUCCCUCGGUGGGUCCUAGUCCUCUGUCCGAUUUGGUGCCGCUGGCAUUCCAUUCCAGUUUGGGGUUAUUUACAAGUUAUUAUCUCCUCGAGCGAUGGAGCACAUGAGUAUAUUUAAAUUCAUAUUGGAGGUGAGACUUUGAGAGACGACAUUAAA